AUGAUAUUCCAAACAAAAGUGAGAGGUUUGGACCUGUCUAAUUUUGAAUCAAAGCAAAUUUUCUAUUCAAGUGGUGAUGGUACGCGCAUUCCUAUGUUUAUUCUACAUAAAAAAAACUUUGUAGCAAAUGGGAAGUCUCCUUGCCUUCUCUACGGAUAUGGCGGUUUUGACAUUCCAAUAAACCCCUUUUACGAUCUUACGUACCCUUUGUUUCUUCAAUUCUUUAAUGGUGUUGUUGCAGUUGCAAAUAUUCGAGGAGGAGGCGAAUACGGCGAGAAGUGGCACUCGGGUGGGAAGUUGCUCAAUAAACAAAAUUGUUUUGAUGAUUUCAUCGCUGGGGCGGAAUUUCUUAUUAAGAACAAUUACACUUCUCCAAAUAGAUUAGUAAUCGAAGGAGCCAGUAACGGUGGCUUGUUGGUGAGCGUAUGCACAAAUCAACGCCCAGACUUGUUUGCCGCCACCAUUUGCCAAGUACCAGUGACCGACAUGCUUCGUUUCCAUCGUUUCACCAUUGGUCAUGCCUGGCAGUCGGAUUAUGGUGAUAUUUCCAAGAAAGAGGUUUUUCGUUACAUCAUGAAGUAUUCACCGCUACACAAUAUCAAUCCACCAGCCAAAAAAGACACUCAAUAUCCUGCAGUAUUGGUCAUGACAGCUGAUCAUGACGAUAGAGUUGUGCCUCUACACUCGCUCAAGUUCAUCGCCACUUUGCAAGAGAAGGUGGGCCGUGGAUCUGCCUCUCAAACUAACCCCCUUCUCAUUCUUGUGGAGACCAAUGCAGGACAUGGUGAUGGCAAACCCACCUCCAAAAGGGCAAGUGAUUCUUUUAAAAUUCUCCCAAUACAUAUCGGCUUAUGUCGAUCGACGAGUUGGCUGAUAUUUUCGCCUUCAUUCAAGUUGCUUUGGGUCUGA